GGUCGUGGUUGGGGCUGGACGCGACUAGGAGAAUGCCAGGGCUUGAAACUCCAACGUUAGGCAACCUGGACCGCUAACGAGUAGUGAGUGCUUGAGCAAGGCACUUCUCUCUGAGCCCCAGUGUCCCUAGCUUAAUAACAAGGCUAGAAACGCCUAAACUAGGGCACCUGUACCGCGCCGGCACGCAGUGGGUGCCUAGUAAGUUUCCUUCUCUCUCCGUCGGGCACUUUUACCGUGCCCCUUCCCUGAGCCUGAGAGUGACCGGGUCCUCCACACCCGCGCCGCACCCGACCGCUCGUAGUGCAAGCCUCUUCCCCAGCGCCGAAAGCUGGCAAGGGAACGGGGCCUGGGCCCAUAACCGCACAGAACCAGGCUACCUCCCAGGCUGCCCAAGUUCAUGGCCAAUGGAUGAGAGGGAGGAGGAUGACGAUGAGGAAGCCUGGUUGCAGCUUCGGCCGGUGGAGCCCUUGCCCUCCCAGUGCUGCGGCAGUGGCUGCUCACCCUGUGUGUUCGACCUCUAUCACCGAGACCUGGCAAGAUGGGAGGCAGCCCGAGCCAGCAAAGACAGAGGCCUGCUGAAAGGGAAGGAGUCCCAGAGCUGCCCCUCCGAGCUGAACCCAGAGACCUUCCUGGCCUUCCGCAUCAGUGCCGUGGACAGACUCACUAAGGACACCUAUCGUGUCCAGUUUGCGCUGCCCGGGAACAGCCAGCUCAGCCUGCGGCCUGGCCAGCACCUCAUCCUACGAGGGAUAGUAGAUGACUUAGAAAUUCAGAGAGCCUAUACGCCCAUCAGCCCUGCCAACACCAAAGGAUACUUUGAAGUUUUAAUCAAGUGCUACCAGACAGGGCUGAUGUCCCGGUGUGUCGAGUCCUGGAAAGCAGGGGACACAGCUUUCUGGCGAGGACCUUUCGGAGGCUUCUUCUACAAACCCAACCAGUACGGCGAGCUCCUCAUGCUGGCUGCGGGCACCGGCCUGGCCCCCAUGGUGCCCAUCCUGCACAGCAUCACAGACAAUGCGGACGACGAGACCUUCGUCACUCUGGUCUGCUGCUUCAAGACCUUUGAGGACAUCUACCUGAAAACCUUCCUCCAGGAGCAGGCCCGUUUCUGGAACGUCCGGACCUUCUUUGUACUCAGCCAGGAGAACUCCCUGGAGCAGCUUCCCUGGAGUUACCGGGAGAAGAUCCGCUUUGGCCGCCUGGCCCAGGACCUGAUUGAAGAGCUGGUCAGCUCCUGUCGGAGAAAGCCGUUUGCGUUGGUCUGUGGCUCGGCCGAGUUUACCGAGGACAUGGCCAGGUGGCUUGCUACGUGCUGCCUGACCGAGGAUUCCUACCUUUCCUCUUCUAGGGCUGGCCUCCCGUGCAAAGCCCAGGCCAGGGGCCUUGCCAUGGGGACACAGGAAAGAGCACAGGCGGCAUCAGAAGUCGUGACCACCACUCAUUUCCCAGGUGUCAAAUGUGGAGGUGUGCUCUCAGCACCUUCUGGAAACUUCUCCAGCCCCAACUUCCCCAGGCUCUACCCGUACAACACAGAGUGUAGCUGGCUGAUUGUGGUGGCCGAGGGCUCGUCUGUGGUGCUCACCUUCCAUACCUUUGACCUGGAAUACCAUGACACCUGUGGCUUCGACUUCCUGGAGAUCUACAACGGGGUGUCAGGAGACAGGGGCAACCUGCUGGGGCGGUUCUGCGGCCAGGUGCCCCCUCCACCCUUCACCUCCUCCUGGCACGUCAUGUCUGUCGUCUUCCACUCAGACAAGCACGUGGCGAGCCGCGGCUUUUCUGCAGGCUACCAAAAAGAUGUGUGUGGUGGUGUCCUGACGGGCCUGUCGGGGGUCCUCACCAGUCCCGAGUACCCCAACAACUACCCCAACAACGUGGAGUGCCGCUGGGUGAUCCAGGCCGUGGGCCCCGCCGCCGUCAAGCUGGCUUUCACAGACUUCCAGGUGGAGGCCAGUGAGGCGUGCACCUACGACUACGUGGCCGUGCUUGGGGGCCGUGGCCCUGCCCGUGGGCAGCACUACUGUGGCAGCACCAGGCCUCCCACCCUGGUGUCCCGGGGCCGCGAGCUGCAGGUGGUCUUCAAGUCUGACUUCAAUAUUGGAGGCCGGGGCUUCAAGGCCUACUACUUCUCAGGGGAAUGCCAGGACGUGUACACAGCUGUGCGGGGCAACUUCUCCAGCCCACAGUACCCCAGCUCCUACCCCAACAAUAUCCGAUGCCACUGGACCAUCCGCCUUCCUCCUGGCUACCGGGUCAAGGUGUUCUUCCUGGACCUGGAGCUGGAAGGGCCCAACAGCCUGACCAAGACCUGUGAUUUCGACCAUCUGGCAGCCUUUGAUGGGGCCAGCGAGGAGGCGCCCCUGCUGGGGAAUUGGUGUGGCCACCACUUGCCACCACCGGUCACCUCAAGCCACAACCAGCUCCUGCUCCUGCUGCACACGGACCGAAGCACCACCUACAGGGGCUUCUCUGUGGCUUACAUUGGAGUUGUACCCAUGAACGUGAGCUGCUCCCGCACGGACUUCCAGAUCCUGAUGUCCACACAGGCACUGGCCCCGCUGGGGCGGACCCAUGUCUACCUGGGCAGCAGGCGUUGUGCUGCCCAGGAGGUCGGCAGCAUCUUUCGGAUCCAGGCCCGUUUUGACACCUGUGGCACUGAAUCUCAGAGAAGGAACAACACUUCGGUGAUUGUCAGCGUGCUGUACAUCGACUUCUCGGCUGGCGGGCAGGAGGACAUCCAUGAGUACGAGGUCCGCUGUGAGCCACGGCUCAAGGAGGCUUCUGUGCACCUGCUGUCCGGCUCCGACUGGCUUGGGCCCUACGCUGCCACGGCCGAGCACCUGCAGGAAGCACCACCCGGGGACGAGGCGGACGCGCUGGAGGGCCCUGUGGUCACGGUAGCCCAGGACACCAGUGACAUUGUCUUCCUGGGCCUUUGCGUCCUGGCCGGAGCCCUUAUGGUCACUGCCAUCGUGGUCCUGAUGCUGCUGUGAGCAGGAGCAGGCAGGGCAGGGACCUGGCAUCUGGCAUCCCUGGGCGGCAGCUGGGACUCUAUAACGGGCAGGACCAGGCCUUGUUGAUUUGUUGGUGACCGUGGGCGAGUCGUUUUCCCUUGCUGAGCCUCAGCUUCCUAGGGACCGUCACUCUGCGUAUCUCACAGGGCUGGUGUGAGGCUCAAAGAGCAUGAAUGGUUAAGAGCUUUGUAAACCUUAGCAUGCCAUAUAUGUGUAUGCAAUUGUUAUUAAUUUUAAAGAUAUAAAAGAACUGUGUGUGUUACUGUCACUCGUGACAGAGUGGAUAAACCUGACUCGUCUAACUUGUAACAGUGCUUCUCCAGCUCAGGUACAAAUAAGGGCACCUCUUAUUCUUCCAACUUAUUGCUCAUCCCGAGCCUUCAGUAGCAGGAAGCUGAGUAUCCAUCCAGGAGCCUCCAUUUUCCUGAAUUGACCCAAGAGCCCUGAGGACUUCGUUUGACGCAGCCCAGUGCUGCCCCCAAACUCCGGAACAGAGAAAGGGAGUGCUGUGGUUUCAGGCCUCGCCACAUGGCGUCGCUGUUGAAGACUGGUCGUGUGCAUCCUGGUGCCCGCCCGUCCGCCCAGGUGGCGAUGCCCUGCUGGGUCAGACCCUGUAUAAGCCAUAGGCAGACCCACACUGUGCUCGGUCGUGAGGCUGGAGGCAGAGGACUGGUGUCUCUUUCAGGUUGGAGUUUUUCCUGAAAUAUCUUUUGAUCCUUGACUGAAAAGCUGAUUGAAGUCCCAUGUGUUUCUGUCCUCCUUACCGCUGAUGUUGAACUUAGACCAGCAGCGCACCCUUCCCCUUCAGACGGGUUCUCUAUGGAGCCCUCUGGACCUUGUCCGGCCAUUGAGUUUCACUCAGAGCUACUCGAGUCCACCCCCAUGUUUCUAGAUUCCCAUCACAGGGGACGGGCUGGGUUCCCAGUGCUGCCCUGUGAGAAGACCUCUGGCAUCGUUCUGCGAUUGGUCCAUCCCUCCCAAAACCCCUACAUACCAAGAAGUGGAGCAAUGUUGUUAGUGAA